GAUAGAGUGGGAUAGGGUGAGGAGCGAGGAAGGGCGGCAGUGAGACUGCGAAAGAGAAAUUAAGGAUAAAAGCGAGAAACGCACGGAAAGCGAGUGAGGGGGCGUAGGUCUGUGAGGCGAUAGAGGGUGAGAUAGACGCACACAUAUGCCUAUGUAUGUACGUAUGUACGUACGUAUGCAUGCAUGUACACAUGCAUGUAUGUAUGUAUGUAUGUAUAUGCAUAGACGUAUGUAUACGCGCAUGUAAGAGGAGACAGAUAGAGGCAUCACGCGGGAGCAAGAGGCUACGUCCAGGAGCUUCUUCGUCGGCCCCUCGCUCCUUAAGGCUCAUCGCCCCGAGAAAUGGACGUUGCGUCGGGGGCUGCUGCUGAUACCUCGCGGCCUCGCAGCGCAGCACAUAAGCGCCGACGAUAAUAUAUGGAUGCCCAUGGCUGGAACCUGGCCGAAAUGUGCCAGCGCUACCAUCACGGCGGCGUCGCCUCGUCAGCGGCCACCUCCCCGGUUCGAGAACAGCAAACGCCCGGCAUUAUCCAACCCCAACAACAGCAACAACAGCAGCAACAGCAACAGCAGCCGCACCACCAUCACCACCAUCAUCAUCAUCACCAACAACAUCAACAUCACCACAUUGACCAGCAUAGCCCGUCCUACUCUCAUUACACGAUGCUGGACAGCUACGAGAGAGGCGAGGUGACACCACCACCACCGGUGAGCAGCUACGGCGGCUCCCCCGGACUUCUGGCGCUUCACUCCUCGCUCUACGCAACGCCUACGUCACGGGCAUUCGACAUCGACUCGGGCAUUGACGGUAACGAGAGUCCCAUGUCCAUGGACACGCAGAUCAUACCGAUACCGGGAAUGUUGAGCGGUCCAGCGCAGCAGCGCCUCGAGGACAUGUCCUGGUUGGCUUCUGGUCCUUCCCUUCAGGAUUACCAGCAGGGUCUCGGCCCAAUGUCCGCCGGGGUGAAGAUGUGCCAUCCCGGAAGUGGAUCGGCCGCCGCCCGGAGCCUCAAAGAGCAACGCAUACGACGUCCGAUGAACGCUUUCAUGGUAUGGGCCAAGGUCGAGCGCAAGAAGCUCGCCGACGAAAAUCCUGACCUCCAUAAUGCAGACCUCAGCAAAAUGCUCGGAAAAAAGUGGCGAGGCCUUACACCGCAGGACAGGCGACCGUACGUCGAGGAAGCCGAGAGGUUAAGGGUCAUACACAUGCAGGAACAUCCGAACUACAAGUACCGGCCACGCAGACGGAAACACGCCAAACGGGCACCGGGGGCACCGUCCUCGCCCCCCUCCGCGACAAAUACCCCGGGCAAUAGGCCGAACCCCACUGGUACCACCAUCCAUCAUACCAUGUCCAAAAUAGACAACUACCAGGGCAUCCCCCAGAUGCCAUGGGGAGGCCACUCACCGAUCUCGUCGCUUUAUCACCAGCAGCAGCAACAGCAGCAGCAACAGCAGCAGCAACAGCAGCAGCAACAGCAGCAACAGCAGCAACAGCAGCAACAGCAUCAGCAGCAGCAGCAACAGCAGCAGCAGCAGCAACAGCCUGGCAUGCAGGACUACAAAUCGGAGAACAAUUCGCUCUACGGGAGCCCGUACACGCCGAUCAUUCACACACCCGACAUUUCGCCCGUCGCCAGUCCCGAGCCCGACGGUGAGAACGCACACUUGCCAGUGUCACAGAAUCCCGAUCCCGAGAGGGACCUGAUGGAAGCCUCUACCAAGCAGCACGGCGAUAUACCGGAUCAGAACAAGCGCUACUCCUACAUGAAUAGCGACAGUCAGCUGCACGUCGGUGGCCCGAGCAUAUCUUCCUGCGCCAAUACUGGAGGCGGAUACACCGAUACUCUUACAUACAAGAAGGUGAGUUAUUUGAACUUCGAGCGGCAGCAGUCGACGAGCAUCGCGGUGGGCAUCGCUAACGGUAUGAUGGUGUCGUGCAACAAGUUGCGAUCCGGUUUCGACAACGUUGGCAGUGUUACCGGCACCUUCUAUCCACCGGUGGCUUCGCCCCACGACCAGUCCCUCCACUACUCACCCCAAGCCCAAGCCCAGCAACCCAAGACCUACGGAGCGAUACAGCAACAGCAACAGCAGCAGCAGCAGCAGCAGCAGCAACAACAACAGCAGCAACAGCAGCAACAGCAGCAGCAACAACAGCAACAAGUACAGGACAGCGGAUACGGUGGUGUGCAAUGCGCGAAUAGACAGCAACAACAGCAACAGCAACAGAACAUGGGACUACGUCCCGCCGAGGGCUGCCCCGGAGUGUCCCAUCGCUACCAGAUCCCUCACCAUCCGGACUAUCCACCAGACAAUACGGCUAAUCAGCAGCAACAACAGCAACAGCAACAAGUUCCACUCGGACAUUUGGAGCCUCCAUCGGUAAUGCACGACGAGGAUCAAGAGCAUGUGAUGCAAUUAGAAAAAUACUUCAACAAGUACGCUCACCCGUCGAGCCUUAGUGCCGGUGGUGGCGGGGGCGGCGGUGGCGGCGGUGGCGGACACUCGAGCCUCGCCCCGCAAAAUCUCCUCGACAGCAAUCACAACUACGCAAGUGACCUGCGAUAUUACACACCGCAGCAGCAGCAACAACACGCCCAGCAGCAGCAACAACAACAGCAGCAACAACACCAGCUAGACAUGGCCAACGCUCAAUGUAUCCUCGAUGAGCAAGCGGCUAAGGAUCACCAAGCCAAUCAGUGUGCACAGAUGGGAAUGGGCCAUACCAUCGAACAGUACCACCAGAGCCUCGAAGCUUCCAAAUAUCAAGAGCAUCAACAACAACAACACGUUCAGCAACAGCAGCAGCAGCAACAACAACAACAGCAGCAGCAGCAGCAGCAACAACAACAACAACAACAACAGCAGCAGCAGCAGCACCAAACGGUCCAAGGUCAGAAUAUGGAACACGUGCCCAAAGCUACCGAUGACGAUUUCAGCGUUAUACUGGCGGACGUGCGCAAGACGUGCUACAGUAGCUAAUGUUAUUAUUGCACUUAUUAUUACUAUUUUCCUUUCGCGUUAAAUAAUUGAUGAUAUGGGAGUAUUGAUUGUGGCGUUGUGCCUCAUUCUGGCCUUCCACGGUGUCAUUCUGAACUGGCAUCGAUGAUGCGUAGAGCAAUUUUAAGUUAGAUAUUUGUGAAUUUAUAUGCUUAUCGAAUUACAUUAGUUUUUCAAUUAUGAUGGAAUAUUGCUGAAGAUUUUGAAAAUUUUAAAUGUACAUAAGAGGCGAUAAAAUUGUUGGUUUGUAAUAAAUAGUUGCACGAUAAUAUGCAGAUCCGACAAAAAAUUGCCUUAUAAACGUUAAAUUUUUAAUUUUUAUGAUCCGUAGAAGAUUUAAUUAUUAAAAGUAUUUUUCUUUUUUGCUUCGGCAUCACUAAU